AAUUCUAGAAGCGUCUUUUGACUACUUUUCUUUUCCAUAAAGCCCCCCUGAUUAAAGCUUCUAGGGUUUUUAUCUUCUCCUCCAUUUUCCGAAGCAGCUCUACCUAAACCAGUCCCACUUAACCUUCUAAACCUAUCUUCGAUUCAAUCCGUUUCAGGGGAAUGGCGACAGCUCAGCUUACUGCGUCAUCGAUUUCAUAUAGAAGUCUUCCCUCAUUUGAAGGGCUUAAACCAUCCACAGUUAAGUUCUCCUCGGUUGCACCUCUGAGGCAGAAUCUCAAGUCCUUUCGUGGCCUUGUUGUCAAAGCUGCCACUGUUGUUGCUCCUAAGUACACUGCCAUCAAGCCAUUGGGUGAUAGAGUAUUGUUGAAGAUUAAGACUGCAGAGGAAAAGACUGUAGGUGGUAUCUUACUUCCAACUACAGCGCAAACAAAACCUCAAGGUGGUGAGGUGGUUGCUGUUGGAGAGGGUAAGACGAUUGGAAAGAACAAGGUGGACAUUAGUGUAAAGACUGGUACCCAGGUCGUGUAUUCCAAGUAUGCAGGGACUGAGGUGGAGUUUGAUGGGACAAAUCAUCUGAUACUGAAAGAGGACGACAUUGUUGGUAUUCUUGAAUCAGAUGAUGUCAAAGAGAUGAAGCCCUUGAAUGACAGAGUCUUAAUCAAGGUUGCUGAGGCCGAGGAGAAAACUGCUGGGGGUUUGUUGCUAACAGAGGCAACGAAGGAGAAACCUUCCAUUGGCACGGUGAUUGCUGUAGGGCCUGGUCCUCUGGACGAGGAGGGUAACAGAAAACCACUUACAGUUUCUCCAGGUAACACCGUUUUGUACUCUAAAUAUGCUGGAAAUGACUUUAAGGGCACCGAUGGCUCGGACUACAUAGCUCUUAGGGCUUCGGAUGUGAUGGCGGUGCUCUCGUAGUUGUCUAUCAAUUCGAUUUUGUUUUUGUUUUUGUUUUUCCCAGUAGCAAAUUUUCCAUAGGACCAUUGGGAUGUCACUGUAUCCAGCUUUAUAUUUAUAUCUGAAAUUAUGGUUGGAAGGCAAUUUGUAGUACUUUGUAUUGUUUGCUCAAUCUAUGCCUGUCAUUGUUUUAUGGAAUGAAGGAAUUGUUUUUGGA